CCACCACCAUCAUUACUACUACCACCACCACCACCAUCAUUACUACUACCACCACCACCACCAUCAUUACCACCACCACCACCACCAUUAUUACUACCACCACCACCACCA